AGCCAAUGGGAGAGUCGAGGCGGGGAGGUGCGGCCAAUGGCGCGGGCCUGUUUGAUUCAAAGGUUGCCUAUAAAGUAGGCCUGCAGGCUGGUUCUUGUCCCAGGGCUGUCGCGUCCGAGUGCCGCUAUGGCUCUGCUGUCCGAGGGCCUGGACGAACUGCCGGCUGCCUGCCUGUCUCCGUGCGGGCCGCCCAACCCGGCCGAGCUGUUCAGCGAGUCACGGCGCCUGGCUCUGGAGGAGCUGGUGGCCGGCGGCCCCGAAGCCUUCGCGGCCUUCCUGCGACGCGAGCGCCUGGCUCGCUUCCUGAACCCCGAUGAGGUGCACGCCAUCCUGCGCGCGGCGGAGAGGCCAGGAGAGGAGGGCGCGGCGGCGGCGGCCGAGGACUCGUUCGGCUCCUCGCAUGACUGCUCGUCGGGCACCUACUUCCCCGAGCAGUCGGACCUGGAGCCGCCGCUGCUGGAGCUCGGCUGGCCCGCCUUCUACCAGGGCGCCUACCGCGGCGCCACGCGCGUCGAGGCCCACUUCCAGCCCCGCGGCACGGGCGAGGGCGGCCCCUACGGCUGCAAGGACGCUCUGCGCCAGCAGCUCCGCUCGGCGCGAGAGGUGAUUGCAGUGGUAAUGGACGUGUUCACAGACAUCGACAUCUUCAGAGACCUUCAAGAAAUAUGCAGGAAACAGGGAGUCGCUGUGUAUAUCCUUCUGGACCAGGCUCUCCUCUCUCAGUUUUUGGAUAUGUGCAUGGAUCUGAAAGUUCAUCCUGAACAGGAAAAGCUGAUGACAGUUCGGACUAUCACAGGAAAUAUCUACUAUGCAAGGUCAGGAACUAAAAUUAUUGGGAAGGUUCACGAAAAGUUCACGUUGAUUGAUGGCAUCCGCGUGGCAACAGGCUCCUACAGUUUUACAUGGACAGAUGGCAAAUUAAACAGCAGUAACUUGGUAAUUCUGUCUGGCCAAGUGGUUGAACACUUUGAUCUGGAGUUCCGAAUCCUGUAUGCCCAGUCCAAGCCCAUCAGCCCCAAACUCCUGUCUCACUUCCAGAGCAGCAACAAGUUUGAUCACCUCACCGACCGAAAACCACAGUCUAAGGAGCUCACCCUAGGCAACCUGCUGCGGAUGCGGCUGGCUAGGCUCUCAAGUACUCCCAGGAAGGCGGACCUGGACCCAGAGAUGGCCGCAGAGGGCAAGGCAGAGCGCAAGCCCCAUGACUGUGAGUCCUCCACUGUUAGUGAGGAAGACUACUUCAACAGCCACAGGGACGAGCUCCAGAGCAGAAAGGCCAUUGACGCUGCCACUCAAACAGAGCCAGGAGAGGAGAUGCCAAGGCUGAGUGUGAGUGAGGUGGGAACACAAACCAGCAUCACCACAGCGUGUGCUGGGACCCAGACUGCAGUCACCACCAGGAUAGCAAGCUCUCAAACCAUGGUUUGGUCCAGGUCGACCACCACUCAGACUGACAUGGAUGAGAACAUUCUCUUUCCUCAAGGAACUCAAUCUACGGAAGGGUCACCAGUCUCAAAAAUGUCUGUAUCAAGAUCUUCCAGUUUGAAGUCUUCCUCCUCUGUGUCUUCCCAAGGCUCUGUGGCAAGCUCCACUGGCUCUCCCGCUUCCAUCAGAGCCACUGACUUCCACAAUCCUGGCUAUCCCAAGUACCUGGGCACCCCCCACAUGGAACUGUACUUGAGUGACUCACUUAGAAACUUGAACAAAGAGCGGCAAUUCCACUUCGCUGGUAUCAGGUCCCGGCUCAACCACAUGCUGGCUAUGCUGUCAAGGAGAACACUCUUUACUGAAAACCACUUUGGCCUUCAUUCUGGCAAUUUCAGCAGAGUUAAUUUGCUUGCUGUUAGAGAUGCAGCACUUUAUCCUUCCUAUCAGUAACUACUCCGUGUUCAGACUCCUGGUUUCUUCCAGGCUUACAGUGGACAUCAUCAGCUUCCUGCUUUAAAAAAUAUCUUAUGUCCCUAAUUGCCUUUCUUUUACCUGACUUUGUCACCUUUGUUGUCUUUGAAUUCUAUAGGUUGCAUAUUCUUUUACGUGCUUUGUUUUGUUUUUGUCAUGUAUGUACCAGGUAUUGGUUUUAUGGUUUAAACACUAUGGAUACAGGUUUAUUUUUUUUUUUUUCUUGUUUUUUUUUUUUUUUUUUUUUGCACAAUUUUAAUAGUCAUGCACUACAUAAUGAUGUUUCGGUCAACGACAGACCACGUAUAUGAUGGCAGUCCCGUAAGAUUAUAAUACCGUAUUUUUACUAUACCUUUUCUACGUUUAGAUACAAAUACCAUUAUGUUACAGUUGCCUACAGGAUUCAGUGCAGUAACAUGAUGUACACGUUUGUAGCCCAGGAGCAACUGGCUAUACCAUAUAGUCUAGGUGUGUAGUAGUUAUACCAUCUAGGGUUCCGUAAGUACACUCUGUGCUGUUUGCACAAGGACGAAGUCACCUAACAACACAUUUCACAGAAUGUAUCCCUAUCAUUGGGCAACACGUGACUGUAUUAAUCUCUUAAGGAGAAUGCUUAGGUGUUCUAAGUCUAACUCAGGUGAGAGAUGAAAUAUGUUUUGCAUUUUUCUCAGGUUAUAUGCUUUUCCGCUUUAAAGGUUUGAAUUACCAGCAUUUUUGUGAUCAAAAUCCUAUUUAGAAAAAAUAAAACUACUUUUUAUCUCUUUA